AUGGGAUCUCAGGGGCAAAAAUCAGCUGCACUCGGAGAACAAGCAAUAGGAACUGAAGGGCCUUGGGGAGGCAGCGCCCGCUGUGGAGAAGGAAGCAGGGUGGGAUCUGGAUGGUCAAGUGUGCUCAAGACUCCCUGGGGUCCGGCCCCACAGAGACGGUUGAUUAUACCUCCUGGCAAAACCCAGAGCCAUCAACAUCAAAGGUUAACUGGAGACACAGCAGUAAUACUAAUGCUGUAUCAUAACUACCCAUCACAGGGGAAGUCAAUACAAUUAUAUGAGUUUCCCUCAUAUCGUCCAGCUGUCUGAGGAGAGAAGACUUGAGAAAAACCCAUGGCCAAGCGUACCCAGAGUUGGGCGUGGGUAUCAAGGGUAUAGACCAGAGCCAGCAGGUCAGUGGAACUCAAGAUGCAGCUUGGGUGUUUGAUCGUGCCACUGGGCUCUUCCCAGCAGCUCUCCUCACAUCCUCUCCUCCCCCUCUCCAGCCUGCCUCCUCAGCUGGAAAUGAUUGAGGACCUCCUGCAAAGGUUUGGAAGAAAGCCUUCAGCAGAGAGCGUUCACAGUGAAGGCAUCCAUACCCGAUUUAACCAUUCUAAAUUACACCCAAACUGCCCACUUCCGAAUAGGAGAAAACAAAUCAUCAGAAGGCUGGAAUUGUGUAACACACAAAUCUCUUCUGGACCGAGGCCCAUCUCUGGUUUGGCAACACAACCAAAGCAGCAUCUCUUUUCUCAUCUCCUGGAAAAAAAAAAAAAAAAGAAAGGCAACAGAGAAAAAGUAGCCAGAGACCAGAGAAUAAAGUGAAGGCAGGGAACAGAGCAAGCAGACCUUGGUGGAAAGUGUACCUCUGGCAGAAACCCCAAGAUGCCUUCUGAGAAGGACGGUGCCAAGAAGAGCCUCAUGCAGAAGCUGGCCCUGAAGAGCCGGAUAGCGAAGGAGACACUCUCCGAGUUCCUGGGCACCUUUAUAAUGAUUGUCCUUGGAUGUAGCUCUAUUGCCCAAGCAGUCCUCAGUCGAGAACGUUUUGGCGGGAUCAUCACUAUCAAUAUUGGAUUUGCAUCGGCCGUCGUGAUGGCGCUCUAUGUGACGUUUGGUAUCUCUGGGGGCCACAUCAACCCAGCUGUGUCUUUUGCAAUGUGUGCCUUUGGAAGGAUGGAGUGGUUCAAGUUCCCAUUUUAUGUCGGAGCCCAGUUUUUGGGAGCCUUUGUUGGGGCUGCAACGGUCUUUGGCAUUUAUUAUGAUGGACUCAUGGCCUAUGCUGGCGGAAAAUUGCUCGUCGUGGGAGAAAAUGCAACGGCAUUCAUUUUUGCAACAUAUCCAGCUCCAUUCAUAUCCACACCAGGUGCCUUUGUAGACCAAGUGGUGUCGACCAUGUUCCUCCUUCUGAUCGUCUUUGCCAUGUUUGACUCCAGAAACCUGGGUGUCCCCAGAGGCCUGGAGCCCGUGGCCAUUGGCCUCCUGAUCAUUGUCCUUUCCUGUUCUCUCGGACUCAACUCUGGCUGUGCCAUGAACCCAGCUCGAGACCUCAGUCCCAGGCUCUUCACUGCACUGGCGGGAUGGGGGUUUGAGGUCUUCACAGUUGGAAAUAACUUCUGGUGGAUACCUGUCGUGGGUCCUAUGGUUGGCGCUUUCCUGGGAGGUCUUAUCUACAUUCUUUUUAUCCAAAUGCAUCACUCGAAGCUCGACCCAGAUAUGAAGGCAGAGCCAUCUGAGAACAACCUAGAGAAACACGAACUCAGUGUCAUCAUGUAGUGGGAUGACUAGAUCUAGAGUUACCGUUCAUCCAGUUCUUUCUUCAGAGAAGAUGUCAUCUGUGUGCCUGUGCAGACUUGGGGCGGGGGAAUCUACGUCUGCUAGUUUUCUCUAGCCAACUGGGACAAAAAAAAAAAAAAAUCACAAAGGCAUCCGUGGAAAACUCCACCGGUCACCCCUCCCCAGAAUAGCACUGACUGUUUAUGAUGGGUAUUUGAUGGAAGUCCUUACUCCUAGGUGAUUGCUAAGAAUUUUGAAACUUGACCGUGUGCUUGGCUGGAUAGCCUCAGAGACCUUUUUUUACCCUGUAUGAAAUUGUGUCAUCAAAGGCUCUGUCUUCACAAUCUAUAAAUACAACAUUCUAAAACUGAAA